UUUUUUAUAAUCCUUACCCGCCGCAGAUCAAUCAGCUAACUGCAGGUCAAUGACGAACUCCCUGGUUCUUUUUCCCGUCUCCGUCCGCGCGGCCCGUCUCACAUCUACCGACGCUUAGCAGAUUCAGCUUCCAAGAAGAUGGAAAAGGCGUUACACAUGAACGCUCCCGGAUCUCAGUCUACGUCAAAUCCUGCAUUAGGCAGUGGUAGAGCAUGCACGAAUUGCGCUCGGGUGAAGUGUAAAUGCAUAUACCGACCUGAUGGCAUCACCUGCGAAAGAUGCCACCGUCUGAAAAAGGAAUGCGCACCAUCGAUUUCGCUCGGGCGUCGUGGCGGAAAGCAACGCGUUGUCUCCCGGACAGCUCGACUGGAAGAGAAGCUUGACGAACUCGUAACCCGUCUAAAGACCCAGCAAGGGGCACCGAAAAAGAAUACAGAAGAUGAACCAGAGGGCGCUAAGGAGCCAGCUGAAAUCGAAUCCGACGCGGAGAAUGCGUCCGCCGCCGCCGUGACUCCCGCAACCGCAACCAAUAGCCUAGGGGGUACGACACUACCUAACGCUGCUACCCCUGACUCUAGCAUUUCUCAUCCUGAUGAGCCUUUACUUCCUGAGGCUGAAGAGUUAUUAAAAAGGUUCCGAGAAGAAACUAUAGGGUUCUUCCCGUUUGUCUACAUUCCCCCACAUGUAACCUCACAACAGCUUAGAGAGCUGUAUCCUUUUUUAUGGCUUAAUAUCAUGUGUAUUACAAUGGCGCCGCCAAAACGGCGGGUUGCAUUAGGUGACCAAGCAAGAAGCAUUGCCAUUCAGAAAGUGGCCGUUGAAAGGGAAAAGAGCCUAGAUCUUCUUUUAGGACUCCUGACAUUGGUUGGUUGGGCACAUCUACAACGAAAGGACAAACCUUUUUAUACCCUAUUUUCACAAUUUAUUGUAACGCUAGUCUCCGAUUUGGGUCUUCAUAAGCCGCCGCCUGAUUGCCAGGUCAUGUUCUGUGGCCCUGGCAAGGAUCAUGAUCUACGGACAUCAAAUCUCUUCAGGAGACGUACUCAUGAAGAGCAACGGGCCGUGCUAGGGGCUUUCGUUAUCACCACAAUGGUAUCAAGCAUAUUUAGACAUGCACCCGGACUUCGUUGGUCUGCGCAUCUCGAUAGUUACGUUUCAAAUCUUGCCCAGGAUAGUACAGUAACACAAGAUCAGACCCUAAUCGCUCAAGUGAGGAUGCAGCUUAUUAUUAACCAAUUGUACGAUGACUCAUGGCCAUCUGGGGCCGGCGGGGCUCCUCCAGCUCUGUAUAUAUCUGCCCUUAGAUCGCAACUACGCGACAUAACUCGGCAAGAGAAACUCGGUACCGCGGUUAGAAACCAUCCCAUGAUUCUGGAACUUUACCAUUUCACAGACCUUCUAAUAAAUGAGUCGGCGAUAAGUAAGCAGCCAAACCACUGGAAUGAGCCAGACUUGCAGCGGUUUGAAAUCUACCAAAAUUGCCUGGUAUCAAUUAAAUCAUUUCUUGACACGUAUUUCUCAAUACCCAUCACUCUCCUCAAAAGCAUGCCCUUCACUAGCCACCCCCAACUUGUUCGUGUUAUGGGAUGUCUGCAUAUGAUCACUACCGUUCAAGAUCCUGCUUGGGAUCGGGCUGCUGUGCGGAGAAGUGUUGACUUGAUUCCCACGUGUGACAAGAUAAUCGGGACGUUUGAGUAUCUUAGGGCUGCCCCGGCCUUAGCCACCUCGGAUGGCGGUGAGGAUGAAUCAUAUAACUGGGGUCUAAGUGUAUUUAGGAAGAUGAGGGCAGCGUGGCAAAACGAAUUGGCCAACAUGGAUGCGACAAACGAAACCAGCAUGAUUGAUGGCGCUCAAACUGGGGGGUUUGCAACAACUAUGGACUUCACAGGAGAUCCCUGGUUUUCCGAAAUGUUGAAUAACUUUUGGGAAUGAGGCGGUUCGCUUCCCAUCAAUUACUUUUUGAAUAUAUUCUCCAGCUGUAUAGACCUGGAGAGUUGUUAUAAUUAGAGAAAACCUGGCUGUAACGAGACACAUAUGUUACGACUGAUUUUGUGACCUAUGUUUGUUUACUCUGGUAAC